AUGAACAGAAACGGAGGUGUGGACUGGCUGGGGCCGCAAACAUGGAAGAUUGGAGUUGCGAGACGCAGUAAACACUGGAGGCGCAGGCAAAUUGCCGAUAGCGAACAUCUGCCACCAGUUUUCCCAAAUGGUUGGAUUCCGGUGCUAGAGUCUUCGGAGCUUGGUGUCGACGACGUAAUACCGCUGCAUGCAUUUGGCCAGGAGCUGGUGGCGUUCCGCACCGCGGACGGCGUUGCGCACGUUCUGGACGCUUACUGCCCGCACCUGGGCGCCCACCUGGGGGUAUUGGGGCGCGUGGUAGGGGAUUGCAUCGAGUGCCCGUUCCAUGGGUGGAGGUUCCGAGGAAACAACGGAGCAUGCGCAUACGUACCGUAUGCCAGCGAAACGCCGUCAUUCGUGUCGGCGAAAGCAUGGACUUGUCGAGAAUCGUGCGGCCUCAUUGUCGUCUGGUUCCAUGCGGACGGAGAGGAACCCUCGUGGAUGAUCGACGCUCCGACUGAUGUGGCCAACGGCACGAUGCGACAGAUGGCACGCUAUGAGACGCUCUGUUCGGGUCACAUCCAGGACAUUGCCCAGAAGGUGGCCGACGGAGUUCACCUAAACUGCCUGCACGCAGCCACUUGCCUAUUGUCCCUACAGGAAUUCACGAGGCGACCCAGAGAUUCGUGGCUGUGUCGCCUCAUGGAGCUCAAGUGGGACGCGAAAUUCGCAGUGGCCGGUGAGGAGGUCUCCGCGUCGUUGUCCAUACAAAUGUCGCUGAUGGGAUGGAAGCCGAAGUUCGCUCAAUGCCGAGGCGUCGUGAGGCAGAUGGACAGAGACGUCGCUGUAUGGAAUCAGAAGACCUUUAAAGAGCCUGCUUUGUUGGAUGAAGAUAACAAUAUCAAGGAAUUCAGAAAUUGGUACAGCCAAUUUUACAGCAAGAGCAGUCCGACAUGGCAACAAGUGAAAGACAAAAGCUUGUCCUGGUGAUACGUGGACGUCUGUGAAUAAGAGUCAACUCUUUGUUCCCAUUAUAUUUCUAUGCUGAUUAUAAGGUUUUUGGAGCGUUAGCAUUCUCAGGGCACUUCACGCACU